GGAGGAGGGAGAGAGGGAGGAGAGAGGGGAGAGAGCGACAGACGGGAGGGAGGGAGAGAAAGCAGAGCGAGAGGCAUUCGGAGUUUCGGACUCCCGAGAGAAGAGUCGAGCGAGGCGGAGCGGACAGAAAAGCGAAUCCGUUUGAGCAGCGUGGAGUGAAUCCUGGUGACGGGUGAAGAGUUGCGGAGAGAGGGGGACAUUCAUCUUGAUUCAACCACUUGCUCCCUGCGUCGAAACCUCGCAAGCGGGAGCGACGAUCGGGCUCGCACGGGGUCACACUCUCGGCCAGAGCGAGGAUCUGCAGCGGCCGACAAUCGCAUCCUUCAGCGACAACGAGGAGAAAGGGAGAGACAGGGAGGAAGAGAGAAGAGGAGGAGUUAGGGGGACAUCCCGUGAGCGGCCGAUGGCUGCGCGCGCUGGUGCGGGAGGCAGGCUUGUGAUCCUGGUGCAGCCGCAGUCGCUCUCCGUGUUCGCGGGCCAUGACGUGGAGCUGCUGUGCGUCGCCGAGGGCUCCGGCGAACUCCACUACACCUGGUUCCACGGCCAGGUGCAGGUGGCAAACGCCAACCAUGCCCUGCUGGAGAUCCCGCACGUUGACCCACGGCAUGAGGGUUACUACACGUGCCGCGUCAACAACAGCGGCGGGGAGUGCGUCUUCUCUGAAUGGACGCGCAUCACCGUCAUCCACCCCCCCCGGGACGGCGUGGAGGUGCCGUUCCCACGGCUCGGCCACCUGGAGUUGGUGGAGCAGCCGGCGGAGUGCACGGAGCUGGCCGUGGGCGACACGCUCAUCCUGGAGGUGUCCGCCAUCGGCACGCCGUGCCCAGCCUACCAGUGGCUGCACAACGAGGAGGCGCUGCCCGGCUCCACCAAGCGCUCGCUCAUGGUCGACGGCGUCAAGAAGGAGCACGAGGGGCGCUACCAAUGCCGCGUCUCCAACCCAUUGGGGCACGAAGUGCUCAGCAACUGCGCACGCGUCAACGUGUACCCGACGCCGGCGAUGACGGCGAUGACGACGACGGCGGCGGCGGCAGGGAAAGAGGGCGCUCUUCCUGAAGCGAUGAAAGCGACGUUCGUGCAGACGGAUCACGACGUACCGAUCGAGACGCUGCACAUGCCGGACAGGUGCUGCCCAAACUGUGGAGGGCGUCCGGAGUCACCAAUGCGAGAAAUCUUCAACGCGGUGGACAAGGUGGCGCUGCUCAUAGGCAACAUGAAGUACGAGGCGCAGGUGCAGCUCAACGCGCCCAAGAUGGACGUGCACGAGCUGGCCGGGCGGCUGCACCAGCUCGGAUUCAAGGUGGUGUCACUGGUGGACGGCACCCAGAUGGAGAUGAUGCGCGCUGUCGAGGAGUUCCUGCACCUCCUGGGAGAGGGCGUGUACGGGCUGCUGUACUUUGCGGGCCACGGCUACGAGAACCUGGGCGAGUGCUUCAUGGUGCCCGUGGAUGCCCCGCGGGAGUACGGCGCACAGCACUGCCUGCAGGUCGGCACCAUCCUCUCCGCCAUGCAAGAGCGUCUCACGGGCCUCAACGUCCUGCUGCUCGACAUGUGCCGCAAGCGGAAUAAAAACGACACGUCCAUUCCCCAGCCAACCAAUUUCAAGGUGACGGCAAACAUCGUCUACGGCUACGCCACGUGCGAGGGGGCGGACGCCUACGAGCUCAACUACACGAGAGACAACCAGAGCCACGGCAUCUUCGUCAAGUACUUCAAGGAGCGCAUGAUGGAGCCGCGCAAGGUCACGCACGUCCUGGGGCUCGUCGCCGAGGACAUGGGCAAGUGCGACAUGAUCCGGGACAAGCAGGCGAUGGAGGUGCGGCACAGCAUGCGGGAGGCGCGGUGCCUCACCGACCCCAUCCUGCCGACCGGACACACGAGCGAGUUCAGCCUGCGCUCGCAUCGCUGGGCCCUGGCACACAAGCUGCCCAGGUCGCGGGUGCUGAACAUGGGCCGCGGCUUCAAGGUGCAGCUCGGGUUCGCCGCCGAGUUCUCCAACGUUCUGAUCGUCUACGUGACCGUGCAGGAGAUGGAGCACGGCACCGAGUGGGUGGAGGCCUCCGUCAAAGACUUCUCGCAGGAGCUGUGCGGGGUGAAGCUGGCCAAUCAGGUCAGCCUUCUGGAGAGCGGCUGCUCCCUCCUCUCCUGCUACCCCUUCCCUGUGGGCGAAUGUCGCUACACGCGCCUUGGCGGCCUCCAGAAGCUCAAGGUUCCGCUGGCCUUCACGGUGUCGGUCCAGUACAAGAUGCGAGGGCACGGCAUGCGGGAGCUCAGUGAGCGCAUCGAGCUUGGCUUCCCGCUCAUCUCCUACCUGUACCAACGCGACGCGCUCGACAGGCAGUGCGCCGCUGUGGCCGCCGCAGCGCCGCCCGUCCCCACGGACCCCGCCCGUGUCCAGACCGUCCUCAGUCUGGGCAGCAUCCCCGAUGGCCGGAGUGGCGAUCGGGCUUCGGCGCGCCCCCCUCCCCGGCGACAUCCCGCGCCUGCCGUCAACGGCUAUGGGCCACCACCUCGUGCUUCCGCCGAUGCCAGCACCGACGCCAGCACUGGCGCCGGCGCAGCCGCUGUGGCUGGUCACCCACACGUUCAGCGCCACUUGCCCUUCCUCACCGACCAAUCGUACGAUUUCCUGCAUGGGGCCUGGUCAGAGAAUGGCUUUGGGAUGGAUGUACCGGAUAGGUUCGUGCAAUAUGUGACUGGUGGUGGUGGCGGCGUGCCGGAGGAGGAUGAAGAGGCGGAUGAUGACACGCUGAAAGCUAUACAGUUGAGUUUGUUACAAAUGUAAAGUUCAGGGUGGAGCUAUGGAGCACCUUGCCUGCCUCAUUGUCGCUUUGCUCCACCCGUCAGCUGCAGUAUGUAUGUUGAACUUUUUUCACACCAUAUGUAGCCAAUCGUGCUAAUCGGAGUUGCAGUUGUCCGGGCGAAGGGAGCUCUGUCUCGGACCCUGCAUGGAAAUUAAUGCAACGGGGCGCUGGGUGACCUGAUCGGAGGAGUCGGUGAUUAGCUCGUGUUUUAGCGAUGAGCCAAAGAGGAUGAGGAACUUGUUUCGAAUGCCAGGCUCCCACCCAACGUAUAACUGGAAUCGUGUUUGUAAUUGGUGUAAUAAUGUUACGGUUUGUGUGUCUGUUUGCCCCCGGUUAAGGCAACGGCGCUGGGAAUGCAUCGAUCGUUGUCGUCUAUAGUUUUAUGAAGUCUAGCAACGAGCUGAAAAGACACACUAUUUAAAGCAUAAUACGAGAUACUAA